UCCUUAGCCGGCCGAUUUCAGAACGAUUUUCAGCGUGUGGGUGCUGAACAUACAAUUUCAGUUCAAAAUAAUUCCACGUAUUAAGAUUUUGUAUAGAAAAAAUAGCUUCUGCGAAUAUCAUACUUCUAAUUAGAUCCUUCUUAGAAAGAGUUGAAAUGGCGGCUUUUGAAGAAAUGGGGGUUCUGCCGCAAAUCGCGAAACGUUUAGAAGAACUAGAAUGGAUGUUGCCCACAGAUGUCCAGGCAGAAGCUGUACCAUUGAUCCUGGGUGGAGGGGAUGUUCUAAUGGCAGCAGAAACUGGCAGUGGAAAAACAGGGGCAUUUUGCUUACCAAUCAUCCAGAUUGUGUGGGAAACUAUUAAAGAUAUCCAAAGUGGAAAAGCAGCAUCUAGAACUGGCAAUAGUAAUGCUGCCAUAGAAUCUCAAGAUAAAUGGAUUUUAAGUGCAUAUGACAGAACUCCAGCUAUGGCCAUAAAUACUGAAGGGACAUUGUGUCAAUCAAGAGAUGUAGCAUGGGGUGGUGCAAGAGCAACAAAAGGGUUGCUUAACAAAGGAAAGUAUUACUAUGAAGCCACGGUUUCUGAUGAGGGUCUCUGCAGAGUAGGUUGGUCUUUGAAUGAGGCAUCCUUGGAUCUUGGCACAGAUCGCUAUGGAUAUGGCUUUGGUGGCACGGGGAAAAAAUCAAACAACCGACAGUUCGAUGAUUAUGGCAGUGCUUAUGGGUUGAACGAUGUUAUUGGUUGUGCACUCGACCUUGACAACAGAGUCAUCUCGUUUUUUAAGAACGGUGUUGAUCUAGGAAAAGCGUUUGACAUAAAUCCGGAGUUCAGAAAUAAAGCUCUCUUCCCUGCUGUGGCACUCAAGAAUGCUGAAAUUGAAUUCAACUUCGGCCAUAAACCUUUCAGAUUUGGCAUACCGAAAAAUUUCAUACCAGUUUGCCAAGCAGGAAGUGAUUGUACGUCUUUAAACUCGAAUUCUGGGGUUGCCGUGCCUGCUCAGGUUAAACUUAAAGCAAAUGCACCACAGGCCGUCAUAAUUGAGCCCUCCCGUGAGCUCGCUGAACAGACAUACAAAGAGAUAAACAGCUUCAAAAAAUAUUUGGAUGCACCUGAUAUCCGAACGAUGCUUGUGGCAGGCGGCAUUGCAAUCAAAGAGCAGCUUAGCGAUCUUCAGAAAGGAGUUGAUAUCAUUGUUGGCACACCAGGCCGAUUAGAGGAGCUAACCAAGAGUGAAAAUUUGCUAUUAACUCAUUGCCGUUUCCUUGUUUUGGACGAAGCUGAUGGGUUGCUGCAGCAAGGCCAUGGCGAGUUGAUCAAUCGUUUGCAUUCUCGAGCUCCAAAAAUAACUACAGACGGGAAACGCUUGCAAAUGAUCGUGUGCUCCGCCACCCUUCAUUCGUUCGAUGUGAAAAAAAUGGCCGAUCGCCUGAUGCACUUUCCAACAUGGAUUGACUUGAAAGGUGAAGACUCUGUACCAGACACAGUGCACCACGUCGUCGUUACGGUAGAUCCUCGCACUGACAUGUCGUGGCAUAAUUUACCAAAGCGAAUACCAACCGAUGGGGUGCACGCAAAUGACCGCUUAACUCCUACAUCCGCCACACCUGAGAUGUUGUCUGAGGCAGUAAAACUACUAAAAGGAGAAUAUUGCGUCAGGGCCAUAACUGAACAUAACAUGGACCAAGCAAUCAUCUUCUGUCGCACAAAAGUCGAUUGUGAUAAUCUUGAAACCUACUUGAAUUCCAUCGAUAAGCAUAAAUUCUCAUGCGUAUGUCUCCAUGGUGACCGAAAGCCACAAGAGCGUCGCGACAAUCUGGAAGCUUUCAAGCAGAAACAAGUAAAGUUUCUCAUCUGUACUGACGUUGCUGCGAGAGGAUUAGACAUAGGCGGUUUACCUUUCAUGAUUAACAUCACGCUGCCGGAUGAGAAAUCAAACUAUGUCCAUCGCAUUGGUCGAGUUGGUAGAGCAGAACGAAUGGGAUUGGCCAUUUCUUUUGUAUCCAAUGUUCCUGAAAAGGUAUGGUUUCACGGUGAGUGGUGUUCGUCGCGCGGCAAAGGGUGCACUAAUUCAAAGUUGACCACGCAAGAGGGAUGCUGCAUCUGGUAUGAUGAACAACAGUGUUUAGCCGACGUGGAGGAGCACUUGGGCAUAACCAUAUCGCAAGCUGGCACGGACAUUAAAGUCCCGCAAGACGAAUUCGAUGGUAAAGUGGUGUACGGACAGAAGAAAAAGGCUGCAACCUCAGCUUAUCAGAGCCAUGUAGCUCAAAUGGCGGGGGCUGUUCAGGAACUUGCAGUCCAAGAAAUGAAGGCUCAGCUGCUUUUCCACUCCUUUGCUAAUAAUGCUAAGAAGAUUUUUGGGUCAGUCUGAUAUUGAUACUUUCUUUUGUUGGUGUGGAUCUGACAGUUUACACAUCUAAACUAUAUGAAUGGGUGAAAACGAAAAUGUUCUGCCUUUCUCAGCCGUGGAAAUAUUACAGUUACAGUUAA